ACACACAACUCACUCUCUCUUCUCUUCUCUGCAGAUUCUUCUUCUUCUUCUCUCUCUCUCUAGAUUAGGGUUUCGUUCUCUCUCUAGAAAUGGACUCCGAUUCUUGGAACUCAACCCCUCGCCACUCAACCUCUUCUUCCCGCCGCUACCAUUCCCGAUCAGAUCUGUAUCUUGAAGACGCCGCCGCCUCCGAUGAUCUCAGGCCGGAGUAUCUCUGCCCUUUCUGCGCCGAAGAUUACGACGUCGUUUCGCUUUGUUGCCACAUUGACGAACAACACCCUCUCCAAGCCAACACUGGGGUGUGUCCGGUUUGCGCAAAAAAGGUUGGAAUGGAUCUUGUUACACAUCUUACUACGCAACAUGGGAGUUUUUUAAAAGUGCAGCGUAAAAGGAGGGUCAAGAAAGGAGGCCCUGGUUCAACAUUGUCAAUGUUGAGAAAAGAGUUGCGAGAAGGAGCCCUGCAGUCCCUUCUUGGAGGGUCUUCGUACAUGGCUUCCUCCAACUCCGAGCCUGAUCCACUUUUGUCAUCAUUUAUUUUUAACCCAGUACUAGCUGAUGAAUCUCUGAGUGCACGACCUUGCCCUUCCAUUGAAACUGCCUCAGUAAAAGAAAGCUCAAAAGAUGAUUUCUUGGAAAGAAAACCUCAGAAGUUACAGAUGUCAGACGAGGAUCAAGCAGAGAAGGCUCGGAGGUUUGAUUUUGUGCAAGGGCUGUUGAUGUCCACCAUUUUGGAUGAUAAAUUAUAACUGAACUCUAGCUGGCAUGGCAUUAUUGUAUUAGGAGCAGUAGCAGGAGCUAUAAGCUCGAGAGAGGAGUUAAUUGAGAAUGAUACGAGUGGCUGUAGCAAGAUCGGAUGAGUAUGUAAUGUGAGUAUGUAUUGUAUAUAUGUUAAUAAAAUGCAAAGAUGGAAGAACCUUUUUUA